AUGGACAGCAGCAGCAGUGAAGAGGAAGACUUUGAAGGUUUUGUUGUUACUCCUGAAGAAAAGUUAAGUUAUAAAGCAUGGACAAGGAAGAGAAGAGCUUCAGAGGCCUUUAAUGAUAGUAGUGAUGAUGACCUAAGUGAAGAUGACGACAAUGAAGGUGAUGAUGAUGACGAGGAGGAUAACCAACAAGAAGAUGAUGAUGAUGAUGAUGAUGAUGAUGAUGAUGAUGAUGAUGAUGAUGACCAAGGUAUAUUGAUGUUACAGUUUUUUUUCUAUUUCUAAAUCACCCAUUUUCCAUGAUACAAAAUCCCCUGAUAUAUUAAGAAGGAAUCCAUCAGGAAAUUACAUAAUUUUAUUUUCAGCACAAACAACAUUUUAAGCCAUAUAUGGCAUUUUUUUACACUUUAUAAGGGCUAAUUAAAUGUAAUAAGUUAUAUGAAAUAACUUCAAAGAUAAGGUUCUUAUGGAGUGAAAUUUUGUACAUGAUGAGUUUACCUGUGCUUUCUAAAUUCCUGUGAAAUUGAAAUUUAUUUUUUGGGGCUCCCAUAAAGAAAUUGUCUUCGGUGUCAUUACAGGUAACUAAUAACAUCUAUGGUGCUUGAAGAGUGUAAAAAAGAGUGCGAUAUGGCUUAAAAUAUUCUGGUACAAGGUUUUUGUCUACUAAAGAUUUCCUGAUAGAUUCUGUCUUAAUUUUCUCUUUGGCCUGCAGAUGAAGAAAAUGACGGACUUGAUAAUCCCCUGGAUGAAGUAAUUAUUGAAGAGUCAGGUGAUGAGAUGUCCUCUGGCAACACUGAUCAGUGUCCAGUGUGUCUUAUGUCUCUCAAGGAUCAGCUUCUUGGGACACCUAACAACUGCACCCAUGUGUUUUGUUUUGACUGUAUCCAGGAAUGGGCAAAG